AUGUCCAUUUUGGACUCUCAACAACAGAAACGAGCUUCGAUGAAUUUCGGUCUCGCUCCUCUCCCUUCUGUUGGCACUAUUAACUCUUCUCAACAACACACCACUAGACGUGCUUUGGUUGACAUUUCCAACAAGACUGCUUCGACCAUGAAUACGAUGAAUAAUAUGGCACAAAAGUCAGCUGUUACUGUUCCAACUAUGGUAAAACCCAAUUCCACUUCGACGGCUGUGAAAAAGAAUACACCUCCCAUCGAUGCUGCUGAUGCCGACAAGCCAGAAUCGUGUGUCGAAUAUGUCAAGGACAUUUUUUCACAUUAUCGAUCCAUUGAAAACAAAUACAUGCCAAAUCCAAGUUACAUGUCUUUUCAGGGAAAUUUCAAUGAGCAAACUCGUGUCUUGACCAUUAACUGGCUUUUUACUAUUCAUUACCAUUAUGCCAUGUCUCAAGAAUGCAUUUAUUUAUGUGUGAACAUUUUUGAUCGAUUUUUGAGUGCUCAUCCAGAUGUGGCCAUUGAUAAGAUUCAUCUCGUAGCUGUGACCUCUCUCUUCAUAGCCUCCAAAUAUGAGGAAGUGAAACCAUUGAUUACAGAACAAGUAAUCAAAAUGACUCGAAGAAUGUAUUCGAAAGAAGAAAUUCUUCAUAUGGAACGACUCAUUUUGAAGACUCUGGAUUUCAAUUUGACCAUUGCCAGCUCGAAUGUCUUUCUCAAGAGAUAUCUCAAAUGCAGUGUUCAAUUCGAUGAUAUUCAAUAUUUCAUUGCUUCCUUUGCGAAUGACAUGUCCCUGUAUGACAUGAACAUGUUGAAUUACACACCAAGUACUGUUGCUUGUGCUGCCAUUUAUGUUGCAAGAUCAUUGAGAAAGUUGGGCGAGAAGUGGAAUUCCAAUCUGGUGUAUUACACUGGAAAGGCUGAAGAGGAAAUUCUUCCAUGUGCUCGUCAAAUGUAUUACUUUAUGAGACACUUUUGUAAUACCUUGUACUUUGAAGGUGGAAGAAAACCCGACAAGAACUUUUUGUUACAUCGAUAUGCUAAGGAAGAUCGAUUGAAGAUUUCUGAGAGUAUUAGACAUGUAUUUUCUACCAACCCAAAGAAGAAGGAAUCACAACAAUGA